AUGGGAUUAAUUCACGCUCUCCGCGGCUUCAUCAAAUCAUUUUUGGUCGUUCUUUUGUGGUCCAAAUGCGAGGGUCGGGAGUCCGAGUUCAACUAUGUCACCUGCGGUUCGCUUGUGAAAUUGCUGAACACGAGACACAACGUUCGGCUGCACUCCCAUGAUGUCAAAUACGGUUCAGGUAAGCCAUCAUCAUCAACCUUCAUCACUAGAGAACUUCAUCAUCAACCUUCCUCAAAAAGUUAAGUUAGGCUAUUGACCAAUAAUCAAUGUCGUUCAAUCAGAACAUUGGUGUGUUUCAAUCAAUGAACAAAUACAGCAAGCCUAACCUAUAACAAGCAAUAAACCGGUUGGUCCUCAUAUCAUAGCUACAAGUCGGAAGGAGAGAUUUAAGCUAAAUGUAUAACGCGUUUAAAUGAGUAUAUAACAACCAUAAACUCUCUGUUUAGUUUAUAUGGCUGUUAUUUAUGUGCACUCUAGUCGAGAAUCGAGCUCGCAACAAUGUAUCAAUCGAUGAGUGGAACAGGUGUUGUAACGAUGUAUCCCAUCAAUCCAUAGUCAAACAUUUUAUAGCAACAAAAUAAGCAGGUGGUUACAUUAAAGUGUGGCUAUUGGAUACAUUUCUUAUCUUUUUAACCACUGACCGAGACAUAGGAGGUAGUAGGUCUAGUCUAGUAUAGCUUACAGUAAAAUGGAAGCUUAGCCGUUCAUGCAAAUCUUGCCAUUGCCAUCCCCAGAGAGGUGUCAGUUGCACCGGACGCAGGUGUACUGUAGUCUAAUACACAACAGAACCCACAGGGGGAAGGAUUUAACUGUAACACAUACCACAGGUGUAGCCAGUCAUUCCUUGUCACGGGUGGAAUUAAAAACUGACCUCAAUUAUUCAAACCAAGCUUUACUUUUGGUGUUCUUGAGGCUAAACCUAUGGGCUUAGUGCUCUACUUGACUGUUCCCUAAACUGGUAGGCUAUAUGGAAGGUUUAAACUAUGUAUAGCACACAACACUACCCUGUAGUCUUCUAUUUGAACUGACACCACUCUGGCUAGAAAGAGGAGAAUGAGGUAAAGCUGUUGGCAGGUUGAGGUAAAGCUGUUGGCAGGUUGAGGUAAAGCUGUUGGCAGGUUGAGGUAAAGCUGUUGGCGGGUUGAGGUAAAGCUGUUGGCGGGUUCCAGGCUCUGUCGCAGCCGGCUGCGACCGGGAGACUCAUGGGCGGCGCACAAUUGGCCCAGCGUCGUCCAGGGUAGGGGAGGGAAUAGCCGGCAGGGAUGUAGCUCAGUUGAUAGAGCAUGGCGUUUGCAACGCCAGGGUUGUGGGUUCGAUUCCCAUGGGGGGCCAGUAUAAAAAAAAAAAAAAUGUAUUCACUAACUGUAAGUCGCUCUGGAUAAGAGCGUCUGCUAAAUGACUAAAAUGUAAUGUAAAUGUGGGUUGAGGUAAAGCUGUUGGCGGGUUGAGGUAAAGCUGUUGGCGGGUUGAGGUAAAGCUGUUGGCAGGUUGAGGUAAAGCUGUUGGCGGGUUGAGGUAAAGCUGUUGGCGGGUUGAGGUAAAGCUGUUGACUCCUUUUAAACUGUAGGUAGUGGGCAGCAGUCUGUGACGGGGGUUGAGAGUGCAGACGAUGCCAACAGUUACUGGAGGAUUCGGGGGAAGCCCAACGGGACCUGCCAACGCGGCGUGCCAAUCCAGUGUGGGCAGGCCAUCCGCAUCACGCACAUGACCACGGGACGCAACCUCCACACACACCACUUCAGCUCGCCGCUGUCCAACAACCAGGUAAGAGAGGCAGUGGGCACACACACACACACACACACACACACCACUAGGUGGCUGCUGUCAAUACUCAGGUAAUACAACACACACACACACACAUACGCAAUUUUAGCUAGUCACUGUCCCGCAACCAGGUAACAAACACAAAUACACACACCACUAACCCACAAUGCUGUCCAUCAACCUUUAGGAGGUGAGUGCGUUCGGUGAGAAUGGCGAGGGGGAUGACCUGGACGUGUGGAAGGUGCAGUGUGACGGCUCCAUCUGGGAGCGGGACGAGGCGGUGCGCUUCAAACACGUUGGCACAGACGCCUUCCUGACCGUGACGGGCGAGCAGUACGGCCACCCCAUCCGCGGGCAGAGGGAGGUGCACGGCAUGGGCACUGCCAACCACAACAACUACUGGAAGGCUAUGGAGGGCGUCUUCAUUCAGCCCAGCCAGGAGCCACUGAGACACAAUCAUGAAGAGUUCUGAUGACAUCAACAACACUGCACCACGACGAGCUCUGAUGAUGUCAUCAGACAUCACAUAAUGCACAGCGAGGAUACAUCUGAAACUAACCCUAUUCCCUAUUCCAUAAUAUACACUGAGUGUACCAAACAUUAAGAAUACCUUCCUAAUAUUGAGUUUUCC